GAGAAACUGAACAAGAAGUGAAAGAUGAAAUAAGUACGAAAAGUACGAAUGUGCGGCCUAUAGAAAGUUGUCUCACUGCCUCGGAAAUAAGCGAAGAUGAAGUCGCUGAGAAAAAGCAACCUGACCCAAAGGGCCAUACUGAUGUUAUUAAAAGAAAAGUCGAAUUACUGAAGUUAAAGCAAAUAGAAAAAAAAAGAAAAAGAGAUACUGUUGACAAAAUAAAUACAACGAAGAAAUUUGAAAUAGAGGCCACACCGAGCGAGGAAAUGUCAAAUGAUAAAGAAAAGGAUAAAGAGAAUAAAUCAGCUGCUGCUAAUUCUUGUAAGACAAUAUCUUUCACGGAGAAGAAUGAUAACUGUACUGAAAUUAAAAAAAAGUAUGCACGUGUCAAAGAGAAAAAUAUUGAUUUGGAGCAAAGAUUGAAGAAAAAAGAUGCAGAGAUCGAAGCUCUGAAAACACAAGCAGAGCAGGAGCGAGUUUUGAUAGCUGAGUGCAUGCGCACAUGUGUAGAUUUCCAAAAACAAGUAAUUGCUGAAUUUAACGAAAUGAAAGAUAUUGUUCGCCAUUUGAGGCAGAAUAAUCCGGAAACAGCGGACCCAAAUGGAGCCUACCUAGCUGUUGGAUCACAAAGAAAGGAAGGACUUAUGGAAAAUGUUCAUAUUGGAAGAGAUUUAUGGAUACCUGCGGGACAAUUUGAUACCUUACUAUGCCAGAAAAAACCAACGGUAUUUGUAAAGGAAUUGGCGAAAAUCGUAAUUGGAGAUAAGACAUUGGAAAAAAGCACUGUUACUGGAAAAAUUUCGAACAGAAGCAAAGGGAAUAAUACUGUGCCUGAAAAAUUAGAUGGUCGCAAAUUAGCAGCUAUAAAAGAUAUUUGUUAA